AUGGCUCUCCCUAUGCUCGUCGGUGGCAGCGACUGCGGGCCCUCUAACCCGCUGCAGGGACUAUCGAAGCGAUUCGACCACGAUAGGGGACUGCAGCAGGACCACUUUGGUGCUGGACGUGCCGGCCCCUCUCGCGACGCCUUCCGCACACAACAAGGAAGCAGCUCGCAAGACCAAGAUGCCGCUCGGUUCUUCUCGGGAAAUGCGACUCCCGCACCCCAAUUUACCGCCGAUCCUGCCUUCGACCUCGCUUCGAUGCGUGCGGCACUACCAGUGAGCCCCGUUACGGCUCCGCUGAUGCAGCAAAAUCCGCUGGCUUCGUGGGCUGCAGACUUUAUGGCACAAGCUGCUCCGAUGGGUGCACCACAACAACUCCAUGGACCGGCGAAUAUGGACUUGCAAAUCGAUGCCAAACCUACUCAUGUCGCGUCUCCCGUGUCUCCGCAAGGUGGAAUGCAGUGGACAGCUGCGAUGCCUAAUUACCGCAUGAAUUCGAUGCCCACAUUUGCGCCACAAAUGCCAAUUCAGCACCAACUCCAUCAGCAGUCUGCUGUGAGCAACAAGCGAAUAUCGUGGGACAAGGAAUUCACUGCGCAGGAACUCCAUCUAGCGUCGACAUCGUCCACGAUCAUGCAAGAACCGCAGAAGUCUGACGUCGAUGGUUCUCAGCAACCAGCGGCGCACGAGGGAGACGAGCUGGCUCGCACCGCCGGCAUGCUUUUGGAAAACGUGAAACACGAGCAGAACCCAAAGUUCCAGAACAGCGCGUUUAUGGGGCUGAUGAGGCAGCUUCGGGAUGGGAAUGUCACGAUUGAGGGGAACGAGAUGGUCGAGAGCGGGGGCCGCGCGGGUGCUUCGAGCACAAGCGGGGAUGUGAAGGGGAAAGGGAGGGCUCUAGACCCUACCCCACGUCCCAUGACCAGCGCUUACUCCCCCGCCACGGGAUCUGGGGUACUCUUGGGUCAGCACCAAGUGGCGCGCCCACAAGCCGCCCAAGGCUUGAACCAAGAGCAGGAGCAAGAGCAAGAGCAAACAGGUGUGCAAGAAGACGCGAACGACGCUUACUUCCGACAAGAGAACGCUGACUUUAUCCGUUACUGGAACGACACGAAAGUGCCCAAAGAGCCAUCGCAGACCGCCGAGACGAUGUUUUGGGACAAGCUGCAGAGCGAUUGGGACAACUUUGAGGCGACGGCGACGGGCGUCACCCCGGCGAGUCGGUAUCAGUUCCAAGCAAACAACCCGUACCUCCUGGGCGACUCGUCGAGGACGACGCAACAUCAUCUCAUGCAUACCGGCGGCCAGGGACGGCAGUCAGUCAUGGAGAGUGUGCUGGAACUGGAAGCGGGGGUGCAGCGGAACAUGCAUGACGCGGGGGCGUGGUAUGAGCUCGGGGUGAAGCAGCAGGAGAACGAGCGGGAGCACAAGGCCCUGCAGGCCCUGCAGCGCGCUGUCGAGCUCGACCCGUCGCACCUUCCUGCGUGGCUCGCGCUUGCGAUCUCGAACACGAACGACAACGACCGCCAGGGCACAUACGACGCAAUCUACGAGUGGGUCAGCCGGAACGGCGUGUAUGCAGACGCGGUAACACGCUUCCGGGCCCUGAAUGGCGAUCGCGAUUCGGAGGACGUCAGAAGCUUGUCCCUUGCGGAGCGUUACGGGCAGCUCAUUCAGUGCUUGAUCACGAUGGCAAGGAGCGCCGAGACAGGAGAUGUCGACGCUGACAUUCAAAUUGCCCUCGCGGUGCUGUUGAACACGAACGAGGAGUACGAGAAAGCUCAAGAUUGUUUCCGAACCGCAUUGGCCGUCCGACCUGACGAUUGGCUCCUGUACAAUCGCGUUGGCGCCACUAUGGCGAACAGCGGCCGAGCGGAGGAGGCUCUAGAAUACUAUUAUCGCGCUCUAGAGCUCAACCCGGGAUACAUACGAGCCAGGUUUAAUCUUGGAAUAUCGUGCAUCAACCUUCGGCGAUACGAGGAGGCUGCGCAACAUAUCCUUGAUGCACUGGUUCUGCAGGACAAUGAUGGCCUCGGAGAUGACGUGUCAUUGAACGAGAAACGCGCGGAUAUCUCGACGGCGCUGUGGGAUACCCUGAAGACGACGUGUCUGCACAUGCAGCGGGCGGAUCUGGCGACAUUGUGCGACCUGAAGGACUUGGAGGGUUUUCGAAAUCGCUUCCCUUGA